CUAUAUCUCUGUUUUCUUAGACAUCAUACUAAUCCGGUGGGCACGGAGUGGCGAUGGAAGAUGGACCAACCUGAAAUGAUCUUGCAGAAGGCGAUUGAGAACCACCAGAAUAUGGUCAAGCAGUUCAAAGGUGUGUCGGGAGUAAAAGCCGAUCGUUUUGAGGAGGCAAUGAGAGCAAAGCACUGUGCGUUGUCAUUGGUGGGAGAGCCCAUCAUGUACCCGGAGAUCAACCGCUUUGUGAAGCUCCUGCACCAGUACGGCAUCUCUAGUUUCCUGGUUACAAACGCACAGUUCCCCGAUGAGAUUAGGAACCUUGAGCCGGUAACGCAGCUGUAUGUCAGUGUGGAUGCCAGCACCAAAGAGAGCCUGAAGAGAAUUGAUCGACCCCUCUUCAAGGAUUUCUGGCAGAGGUUUCUAGACAGUUUAAAGGCUUUGUCUGAAAAGCAACAGCGCACAGUUUAUAGGCUGACACUGGUGAAAGCUUGGAAUGUGGAUGAACUCAAAGCCUACGCUGACCUGGUAUCCCUUGGUAAACCAGACUUCAUUGAGGUUAAGGGUGUGACAUACUGCGGUGAAAGCUCCGCCAGCAACCUCACCAUGGCCAACGUCCCCUGGCACGAGGAGGUGGUGCGCUUCGUCCAGGAGCUGGCCGACCUCAUCCCCGACUAUGAAAUCGCGUGCGAACACGAACACUCGAACUGCCUCCUGGUAGCUCACAAAAAGUUCAAGAUCAGUGGCAAAUGGUGCACCUGGAUUGACUACGACCGCUUCCAAGAGCUGGUGCGAGAGCACGAGAGGAGCGGCGGGUCCAAGACUUUCACAGCAGCUGAUUACGCAGCCAGAACUCCUCGCUGGGCACUGUUUGGGUCCAGAGAAAGGGGAUUCGAUCCCUUGGACAUAAGAUACCAGCGAAAGAACAAAGCGAGAGACAUCUCUGGGUGCUGA